UCAUACAGCCAUCCAUCCUUUAAAGCUAAGCAUUUUAUUAGAACAGAGAAAGUUAUAGUCUUCUAAUUACUACCAAAGCAUCAUACAUGGGAGAGAAGAAGAAACACAAACUGAAAGAGUCUAACAAUCACCACUUCAAGCCCUGCUCUGAUGUCAAAGGGAUUCAAUUUGGAGGCCAAUUUGUCUUAAAAUCCUUCACUGUUCGCCGAUCAUCUCUGCUUGAGCUCCUUCGCCUUCUUGCCAUCCAUCCUCAGCAAAACCAACUUGAGCAUCAUAUCAAUGGCCUUCCUUUCCCUUCCACCACCAUGUAUCUUCCCACAAGCUUCACCAUAUUAGCUCAAAAUGCAUGGCACGCACUUACACUUGGUCUUGGCACAAAAAAGUCGAAGGUUCUGCUUUUCGUGUUCGAGACGGAAACCAUGAAAUCUGCUGUGGAUAGAAUCUGGCCAGCCAUGUUUCCUCUUGGUGAUGUGAACAAGAGGCUUAUCUUUGGGCUCACUGGCUGUGAGAUGGCGAGAUUCAAGUUCAGGAAAGGGUGCUUGACUUUCUACAUAUAUGCAGUAAGGAGGCUGGGAGCCGCUUGUUUUCCUUGUGCUGGUGAUCUGAGGGUGAUUUUGGAUUCGGUUAUAGAACUAAAGGACUUCAUUGAUCAUACUGCAAUGCUGGCUCUGUCAAACCAGAAGAGCAUUACCUUCCAGCCUUCCGUUGACAAGUUAAUUUGAUCAUUAGAUUGGCUUUUAUCAUUUGAUUUGGCAAGUAAUUUCAUGAAGGCUAAGUUGAAAUUUAUUUACUUAUACUUGUUUCAUAUACCAUUAUUAACGCAAAAAAAAAUGUUAUGAAGUUCCGAUUUCUCUACUGAGCCACUUUUUUGUGUCCGCGUCCGAUUAGCUAAGUGCGACACCUAAUAAAUUUGCUUCUAACAAUUUCUCCAAAUUUUACUACUUAUUUUUAUUGAGAUGAAAAUAAUUGAGUUAGAACUUGUUCGUGUUUCAGCUCAUUUAGUAAGCAAGCUAAGAAACCUUAUUUGAGCUUCACUCAUUUACGCAUCCAACGAUCAAAUUAGAGCCAGUUUUUGUUGAUUAUAAAAAAUGUUCUUCAUUAUCAAACCUUCUUUUACAUUCGUAAUUUCUGCCAGACAAUUGAAGCAAAAAGAUAAAAAAAUUGCACAAAAAGCAGAUCUAUUUUUAGCUCAAAUAGAA